UUCCCUCGGUGUGUGUGAUUCCUGCCCUAUGGCAUUAGGGGCCCUGCCUCACUGGUCCCCUUUCAGACUGAGUGGCACUCCACCCUCAGUUUGAGACUAGUACCUGCUACCCCUACUACUCAGCCUGUUCCUACUCAGCUGUGGCUCCCUCUUUCCCUCCAUCCUCAAAGGAAUGGAAGCUGAGCAAAAGGCCCAGAGACAGGCUACUCUUCCUAUGGUAUUGCUCUCCCCUCUCCCUAAGGUGAAGGCUGCUUCCAUGUUUUACCUUUAGUCUUCUUGUUGUAAGGUACAGCUCAGUUCCUCUUCCUGCACCCCUACCCAAAUCCCAGUGGACUAAGAGAUCCCCCUCUGGGUUUGUGGGGGUGCACAACUUCUGGACCUAACUCCUAGAGAUCCUGGAUUCUGAGGGAGUUUUUCCCUGAAUUCUGCAGCCUAGGCGGUAGAGGGUAGGUGGACUAUUCAGAAGAGAGGAAAUGUGAAUGUGCCACAUAAAAGACAGCUUUUAGCCUCCUGCAUCUGAACCAGGUAUGAAUCUAUUCCCACGGGUCCUUCCAACCCGAUCCGUCCCACUUGUCACCAGCUCUACCCUCUGAUCACAGAAUCACAAACCUAAGACCACAGCACUUUGCCAAAAGUACAUGCAUUGGUCUUUCUGCCCCAACAGGUUCUGGCACAUUCAGGGAGCAUGGCUUCAGGAUUUUGUUUUAUUCUAAUCUUCUUUUCAAGUCUGAGCUACUGGAGCCAGUGUUGCUGAAGUGCUUUCCUGGCUGUUUGGGGUUAGCACUCAGUUUGGCUGGGAGUUUUGUACACUAGCCAGGCAGGGAAGUUGCUCUUUCCUGUGGUGAGAUUUUCUUGGGUCCAGGCAGCUACACUGAGCCUUGGAGCUCCCAGAAGCAUCCAAGGCUUAAGAGCCAGGUAGGACGAUCGAAACUGACUGUAAGUGAACCUGCAUACAAGUGGCUGUGGCUGUGGCUGUGUGUGGAGACUGACCUUGGAGUGAGGGAUGGGGGUCGGGGAGCCUGAGAGAAGCUAGGAUGUUUGUGAGGCAUUGAAUGUAAAAAGGUCAGUGAUUCAAUUUGGGGCUCCCAGUACCAAUAAAUAUUAAAGGCUUGGCCCUAUAGAAAGUUGGCUGUGAAGGGUGGAAGAGGCAAGACAGUACAGACCUGUGAGAGACUGAUCUGUCUCAUCCCUUAGCUGAUCUUAGUGGGAGUGGGGUAGACAGAGGAUCCCAGUAAGUUUGGAGAGGGGCCCUGGGAUCUAAUGUGGGCAUUGGGUCAAGGGGCAGAAUACUUGCUGGGCAGUGGUGACACAUGCCUUUAAUCCCAGCACUUGGGAGGCAUGCAUAUUUCUGAGUUCAAGACCAGCCUGGUCUACAGAGUGAGUUCCAGGACAGCCAAGGCUACACAGAGGAACCCUGUCUGGAAAAACAAAACCAAACAAAAAAAGGGGUGGGGGGAGGGCAGAACACUGAGAAAGUGAAAGUGAAAAUAGGCGGAGCUUUCCUAGAAGUGACUGCUGCCUGCUCUUCCCAGAACAAGAGCCGGCAAGUUGCUCCCCAGAGGAAGUCACCGAUAUCAGACUUGCUUGCUCCUGACACAUCAUGACCACAAGACACUGCUGGACAGCAGUCACCAGUUGUUGGUGGGUCCUGCUUUUGUAUGUUCAUGUCAUUCUGGUCAGAGCCGUAUCUGCACCUCAGACAACUGCCAGUGUUUUAACUGGACGCUCAAAGGACCCAUGCUCUUCCUGGUCUCCAGCAGUCUACCCAGCACUGGAUGUGAUCUGGCCAGAGAAAGAAGUGCCACUGAAUGGAACUCUGACUUUGUCCUGUACUGCCUGCAGCCGCUUCCCCUUCUUCAGCAUCCUCUACUGGCUGGGCAAUGGUUCCUUCAUUGAGCACCUCCCAGGCCGGCUGAGGGAGGGUCACACAAGUCGGGAGCACAGGAAUACAAGCACCUGGCUGCACAGGGCCUUGGUGCUGGAAGAACUGAGCCCUACCCUACGAAGUACCAACUUCUCUUGUUUGUUUGUGGAUCCUGGACAGGUGGCCCAGUAUCACAUCAUUCUGGCCCAGCUCUGGGAUGGGCUGAAGACAGCCCCGUCCCCUUCUGAAGAAACCCUCUCCAGCCACAGCCCAGAACCCAGAUCAGCAAGCCUGGGGUGGAAUGAAGCCAACCACAGCAUGACCUUGACCGGGGAGCCUGGCUCUCAUCUACCUAGAGGGUGAAGUCUACACCAUAGGCUGUGAUUGCCUCUCUGCAGCUGGACCUCAAACUCAAGCUUCAUUUCUACCUAGAUUAUCAUAGUAAUUAAGUCCUUAGAGUUCUUCCUGCUUGUCCUUCUGUCCGUACAUCCUGUUUAGCUUUUCUAAUGUCUUAAUCAUCCCACUGGUGUUCUGGAACCUCUGAGACCUGAUGACACCUUAGCCAAGUGAUAGCUCUGCUUACACUCAACAUGUAAUUUGAGAUGCUUGCCUGGCAGAUUUCCCACAUCCUGCCCCAGGCCAACAGGUUAACCCUGAAGCCUAGUUGAAAUGUAACCUUGGCAAUAUCCACACUCAGCUCUGACCACUAUUUGCACUAUUUGACUUCAUUCUUUACAGGUGAUUUUGUUUUCCUAGUUUGCCCCUAAUGUACUGUUCCCAAGGAGGGGAUGGGACAAUGGCUGCUUCAGAUCACAAUUGUAUCUGUCAAUCUGUGUCUUCUGCAGGGUCCACAAUAAGUCCUCAUAAAGCUGCAGCAUCUCAA